AUUCAAAACUUCUUACAGUACAAAUAGUCCGUUCUGUUUUUGCCGUCUUUUCUGAUAGCAUCCGCCAUCUCCUCUCUGUCUCCGCCGCCGUCCUCGUCGUCGUUUUCUGCUUCGUACAUCCAUAUCGUGCUUCGCCUGCCAUUCGUUACAUGGCCACUGAUUGUCUUUCACCUCCUGUUCUAUUGAAUACCUCCUUGUCGCAAUUCGAAAAUGAGCCGCUUAACGAUGGCUUUCAUGCCGUCGAACGCGAUCCCUCCUCUUGGGCAAGCGCAUUGCCUGCUAGUCAGGGUCUCUACAACAACGAGUACGAAAAAGAUUCCUGUGGUGUAGGCUUCAUUUGUCACAUCAAAGGUGAACAGUCCCACAAGAUUGUCUCCGAUGCUCGCCAGCUCCUGUGUGCAAUGACCCAUCGUGGUGCCACUGGUGCUGAUAGUAGAGACGGCGAUGGUGCAGGUGUCAUGACGGGUAUUCCCCAUCUCUUCUUUAAGCGUGAGGCUGAAAGAGACAUUGGUUGCGAACUGCCUGAGCCUGGCCAGUACGCCGUUGGUAACGUAUUCUUCAAGCCGAACGACCCUGUCGGCCUUCAAAAGCAACAAGCGAUUUUCUCCAAGGUUGCCGGAGAUCUUAGCCUCAGAGUGUUAGGUUGGCGAGAGGUCCCUACUGACGGUACCAUUCUUGGUCCCGCUGCUGCGAGCAAAGAACCCUCCAUUAUGCAGCCGUUCGUAGUCCUUCAUUCGUCAUAUGGCGAUGGACGUACCUCUCGCAAUGGUCCUUUCGACGCAAAGUAUUUCGAACGUCAGCUUUACGUUCUGCGCAAGCACGCAACUCACAGCAUCACGCUAUCCAAGGGUUUCUACGUAUGUUCUCUUUCUUCGAAGAACAUCGUCUACAAAGGCCAGCUUUCUCCGCCGCAAGUCUAUAACUACUACCAUGAUCUCAAUCAUGUCUUGUACCGCUCGCAUUUCUCGCUUGUACACUCUCGGUUCUCUACCAAUACAUUCCCUAGUUGGGAUAGAGCUCAACCUAUGAGAUGGGCCGCUCACAAUGGCGAGAUUAACACCGUUCGCGGCAACAAGAACUGGAUGCAUGCUCGCGAAGGCGUUCUUGCUUCCUCACAUUUCGGAGAACAACUUGAUCUCCUUUAUCCUAUCAUCGAAUCAGGCGGCUCUGACUCCGCGGCGUUCGAUAAUGUCCUGGAGUUGCUCGUCGUCAACGGCGUUCUUACACUUCCGGAAGCCGUGAUGAUGCUCAUCCCAGAAGCUUGGCAGGGUAAUGAUGCCAUGGAUCCCGAGAAAAAGGCAUUUUACAACUGGGCUGCAUGUCUGCAGGAGCCUUGGGACGGCCCAGCGUUGUUUGCGUUCAGCGACGGUCGUUUCUGUGGUGCGAACCUGGACCGUAACGGUCUGAGACCCUGUCGCUAUGUCGUCACGAGCGAGGAUAUUAUCGUUUGUGCAUCCGAGGUUGGAGCUGUGUUCAUCCCUCCCGAGAAGGUCAUCUCCAAGGGCCGUCUCAAGCCGGGACGUAUGCUUCUGGUGGACACUCAGGAGGGUCGUAUCGUCGAUGAUAAGGAACUGAAGCGCAACACAGCUCGCAAGCAGAACUUCGCAUCGUGGAUCGAAACUCAUAUGCUCCAUCUCCCCAAUAUCGUGAAACGCGUCAUGCGCUCCCAAUCCAUUUAUCCCAGCAUUGAUGAGUACUCUCUCAGUACUGAUCCUAAACUCCUCGCAUUCGGUUACACCGUCGAGCAGCUGAACCUCCUCAUGCUUCCUAUGGUCACUGAUGGUAAGGAGGCAUUGGGUUCGAUGGGUAACGACGCACCACUGGCGUGCAUGUCGACUCAACCGCGUCUCAUAUAUGACUACUUCCGUCAGUUGUUUGCCCAGGUUACCAACCCUCCCAUCGAUCCCAUUCGUGAAGACAUCGUCAUGUCUUUGGAGGCCUACGUCGGCCCCGAAGGUAAUCUUCUCGAGAUGAAAGCCGAACAGUGUCAUCGCAUCCUCCUGAAGUCCCCCAUCCUUUCCAUAGAAGAAAUGAACGCCAUGAAGAACCUCAAGUACGCGUACCCUUCGUGGCCCUCUGUCAUCAUCGAUAUCACAUUCCCGAAGGAGCACGGUCUUCCUGGCUACAAGCUUGCUCUGGAGAGAGUAUGCAGUGAGGCAUCUCAGGCUAUUGAAGAUGGCAUGAAGGUUAUCAUUCUCUCUGAUCGCGCUACUGGUCCCUCUCGUGUCCCGUUGUCUGCGCUGGUCGCUUGCGGUGGUGUACACCAUCAUCUCGUUUCCCAAAAGAAACGUGCCAAGGUUGCCCUUAUGGUUGACACUGGAGAGGCACGAGAGGUUCACCAUCUUUGCGUUCUCCUCGGAUACGGAGCGGAUGCUAUCUGUCCAUGGUUGAUUAUGGAGUGUAUUCACAAGAUCGUUCGUGAGGGACUUGUGAAGGACCAGGAGUCUGUAGAAGAGCUUAUCACUAACUACCGUCACUCCGUUGAUGGUGGUAUCUUGAAGGUCAUGUCGAAGAUGGGUAUCUCGACCCUUCAAUCGUACAAAGGAGCGCAAAUUUUCGAGGCUCUCGGAUUGCACUCAGAGGUCGUCGACAGUUGUUUCAUUGGCACCGCAAGUCGUGUUCAAGGCGCUACUUUCGACCUCCUCGCUCUUGACGCAUUCGAGUUACACGAGCGCGGGUGGCCUUCCCGUGAAACGAUCAUACCCCCUGGUAUGCCUGAAUCGGGAGAGUACCACUGGCGUUCUGGCGGCGAGGCCCACAUCAACGAUCCAUCUGGCAUUGCGAACCUUCAGGAUGCUGUCCGCGAGAAGAACCAGCAAGCCUACGAGGCUUACGCAAAGAACGCCAACGACCAGGCCAGUGCUGUUCAUCUCCGCGGUCUUCUUGACUUCCGAUACGAGAACACAACGGCGAUCCCUAUCGAGCAAGUGGAACCCUGGAAUGAGAUCGUUCGUCGAUUCGUGACUGGCGCCAUGUCGUACGGUUCUAUCUCAAUGGAAGCUCAUUCUACCCUCGCUAUCGCUAUGAACCGUCUGGGUGGAAAGUCUAAUACUGGCGAAGGUGGUGAGGAUGCAGAGCGCUCUCUAGUACUGCCGAACGGCGAUACGAUGAGAUCUGCGAUCAAGCAAGUUGCUUCUGGACGAUUCGGUGUAACAUCGAAUUACCUGGCGGAUGCCGACGAACUUCAAAUCAAGAUGGCACAAGGUGCGAAGCCAGGCGAAGGUGGUGAACUCCCUGGACACAAGGUUUCUACAUCAAUUGCACGUACCCGUCACUCCACUGCCGGCGUCGGCCUCAUCUCUCCCCCACCCCAUCACGAUAUCUACUCGAUCGAGGACCUUAAGCAACUCAUUUAUGAUUUGAAAUGCUCCAAUCCUCGUGCCCGCGUCUCUGUCAAGCUGGUCUCUGAAGUGGGCGUCGGUAUUGUCGCCAGCGGUGUCGCGAAGGCCAAGGCUGACCAUAUCCUCAUCUCUGGCCAUGACGGUGGUACCGGUGCCUCUCGUUGGACUGGUAUCAAGCAUGCCGGCCUUCCCUGGGAAUUGGGUCUGGCUGAGACUCAUCAGACACUUGUGCUCAACGAUCUACGAGGCCGAGUUACCGUUCAGACUGACGGGCAAGUUCGCACCGGUCGCGACAUGGCCAUUGCAUGCAUGCUUGGUGCCGAAGAGUGGGGUUUCGCUACUACUCCAUUGAUUGCUAUGGGUUGUAUCAUGAUGAGGAAGUGUCAUCUCAACACCUGUCCUGUCGGUAUUGCUACGCAGGAUCCUCAGCUUCGUGCCAAAUUUGCUGGUCAACCUGAACAGGUUAUCAACUUCUUCUACUACCUCGCUGAAGAUCUGCGGGGGAUCAUGGCCAAGCUCGGCUUCAGGACGAUCAAUGAGAUGGUCGGACGUGCCGAUAUGUUGAAGGUCAACGAGAAGCUUCGCACUCCCAAGACUGCACACCUUGAUCUUUCUGCCGUGCUCAAACCCGCUUGGCAAAUGCGUCCGGGUGCCGCGACUUACCGUGUUCGCCCUCAGGACCACAAGCUUUAUAUCCGUCUCGACAAUAAGUUUAUCGACGAGUCCGAGCCUGCUCUCACCAAGGGCCUCCCUGUUCAUAUAGAGUGUGAGGUCACUAAUACUGACCGUGCGCUUGGAACAUCUCUCGCAUAUAAGGUCUCGAAGCAGUACGGCGAAGAGGGUCUCCCUCGGGAUACCAUCCACAUCAGGAUGCAAGGUUCGGCGGGUCAAUCGCUUGGCGCUUUCCUCGCACCUGGUAUUACCAUCGAACUGGAGGGUGAUGCUAACGACUACGUUGGUAAGGGUCUAUCCGGUGGUCGUCUCAUUGUCUAUCCUCCAAAGCAGUCGACAUUCAAAGCGGAGGAGAACAUCAUCGUGGGUAACGUCUGUUUGUACGGCGCCACAUCCGGCGAGGCUUUCUUCCGGGGCGUGGCCGCAGAGCGAUUCGCCGUGCGUAACUCAGGAGCUAAAGCCGUUGUCGAAGGUACCGGCGAUCACGGUUGUGAAUACAUGACUGGUGGUCGUGUUGUUGUCCUUGGAACUACAGGUCGCAACUUCGCCGCAGGAAUGAGCGGAGGUAUCGCCUAUGUGUUGGACCUGGCUCAUACCUUUGCUUCCAAGGUGAACCCGGAGAUGGUUGAACUAGGCAAGAUCAAUGAUCCUCACGAGAUUGCCGAGUUGCGAGGUAUGAUUGAGGACCACCGUCACUUCACAGGCUCUGAAGUCGCCGACCGUGUCCUGCACGACUUCCAUCACCUUCUUCCCCUUUUCGUGCGUGUUAUGCCAUACGACUACAAGCGAGUGCUCGAGGAGGAGGCACUCAAGGCAAAAGAGGAGAGAAUGCGCCAAAGCGUCAUCGACCUCAUCCCUUCGCGCACUGCGAGUCAGAUUGACCUAGCCUCUGGAGAAAUCGAGGAUGUACUGCGUGCAAAGGAGACCCCCCUGCCGACCCCCCAUGCAAGCCGUUCUGCAUCCAAGGCCCGCAAUGAGGCGUCGGUGAUUGAUAUGGAGGACUCUCUCGUUGACGAUGCUACCACGAAGCAACGCUCACAGAAACUCGACAAAACCCGAGGAUUCAUGAAGUACAAGCGCUUAACGGAGACGUACCGCCCUCCUCGCAAGCGUGUGAAGGAUUGGAAGGAGAUCUCCACGCGUUUGACUCAGUCGGAGCUCAGCUAUCAGUCCGCUCGUUGCAUGGAUUGUGGUGUCCCGUUCUGCCAGUCCGACAGUGGUUGUCCUGUCUCGAACGUCAUUCCUAAAUGGAACGAUCUCGUUUUCAAGGGUCAAUGGCAAGAUGCCUUGAACCGUCUUCUCUUGACUAACAACUUCCCUGAGUUCACUGGGCGUGUUUGCCCGGCACCUUGCGAGGGUGCGUGUGUUUUAGGCAUCAACGAGCAACCUGUUGGUAUCAAAAGCAUUGAAUGUGCCAUCAUUGAUAAGGGCUUUGAGAUGGGCUGGAUGGCUCCUAACCCACCUCAUUUCCGCACAGGAAGGAGGAUCGCUGUGAUCGGUUCUGGCCCUGCUGGUCUCGCUUGCGCCGAUCAGUUGAAUAAAGCUGGUCACUGCGUCACCGUUUACGACCGCAACGACCGCAUGGGUGGGCUUCUCAUGUAUGGCAUUCCGAACAUGAAGCUAGACAAAGCCGUUGUGCAGCGUCGUCUCGACCUUAUGGCCGCAGAGGGUGUGACAUUUGUUCCCAGCACCCAUGUGGGCAAAGACUUGGACCCUAAGCAACUCAAGGCUGAGAAUGAUGCCGUUGUUGUCUGCACCGGAGCAACAUGGCCACGAGAUCUCAAGAUUCCAGGGCGCGAUGCAGACGGCAUCCACUUCGCUAUGGAGUAUCUCCAACUCAACACCAAGUCGCUGCUCGAUUCUGGGUUGCAGAAUGAUAGCUACAUCAAUGCCAAAGGCAAGGAUGUCAUUGUGAUCGGUGGAGGCGACACAGGGAAUGACUGUAUUGGGACUGCCAUGCGUCAUGGCGCGAAGUCUGUCACCAACUUCGAGCUUCUGCCUAAGCCACCUGCAACUCGUGGAAGGGACAACCCUUGGCCACAAUGGCCGAGAAUCUUUAGAACUGACUACGGUCAUACAGAAGUUGCUGCUCAUUUUGGCAAUGAUCCCCGCGAGUACUGCAUUUCCACAAAGGACUUCGUUGUAGAUGAGGAGGGUAAAUUGCAAGGUCUCAACACUGUUCGGGUUGAGUGGACCAAGGAUAGCAGCGGCCGCUGGAAGAUGGAAGAGACCCCAGGCUCUGAGAAGUUCUUCCCUGCUCAACUUGUCUUCCUCGCUCUUGGAUUCUUGGGUCCCGAGUCCGAUGUGAUCAAAAGCCUUGGUGUCAAUCAAGAUGCAAGGUCUAAUAUCCAGACUCCCCACAAACGGUUCUCGACUAAUGUGGAAGGUGUCUUCGCUGCUGGUGAUUGUCGUCGUGGCCAGUCCUUAAUCGUGUGGGGUAUCAACGAGGGUCGUGGCGCUGCGGCGGAAAUCGAUGCAUGGCUCAGCGGCGGAGUCACUAGACUUCCCGCUGAUGGCGGUAUUAAGAGAAGGGUUUUCAUCCCUCCUGCAAGCAAUCUCGCGUCGAGACGCAUCGAGGUUGUCGCUUGAGUUGUUAUUGUACUGUCAUAUCAUUAUCCGUCUCAAAAGUCUUCCCGAUUGGGAACAUCACGUCGCUAUCCAAGGAUGUACCGCUAUAUGUUGUUUGUAUUAUUAGAUCUAACGACCCACCACUGUAAUGGCAGUAUGUUGUAUCUACCCAUGUUAAUAUUGAUAUCAUAUGUUCAUAUAGCCGUUGUUUCAAUUUGAACCCGGCAGGACGCU